AUGCCCGUGCAGCAUGCGCCAACCUGUGAAGAGGCCUCGAUCCGCACCGGACCCGCAAAGGGUCCUCGACGUGUUGGCCAUGUAUCCUUGAAUAGAAUCUCGGUGCCAGCUGUGUCUAUUCUCGACACAGAUGGCACCGUUCAGGCGGCUCGAGGAGUGUCUGAGUCUACAGGCUGCCAACGGCGCCGUGUUUCCCGUCUACUCACGGGGUGGGGCGAUGCAAGUCGUGGGCGGCCGAGGAGGUUGAGGUUGUGUCUGAAGUCUGGUGAGGUUGAGGAAGUAGUGGUUGGCAAGCGCUGCCACGAAGUCGGUCGCUAA